AUGGAAGGCAAUAGCAGCUGCCCGGAGUCAACAAUGGCGGUGGCCGGAAAGGAAACAACCGGUACACCGGCGCCGUGUAGGUGGAAUCCGACGAAAGAACAAAUAAACAUGCUGGAGAAUUUGUAUAGACAAGGGGUGAGAACCCCAACAGCUGAACAGAUUCAAGAAAUCACAACGAGGCUACAAACUUAUGGCCAUAUCGAAGGCAAAAACGUCUUCUAUUGGUUUCAAAAUCAUAAAGCCAGACAAAGGCAGAAGCAAAAACAAGAUCAUCUCUCUUACGUUCACCAAUACCUCCACCACCACCACCACCACCACCACCAGCCGGCAAUCUUUCCGAUGACCCAUAAUCCCAAUGUUGUAUAUGGUCAAUGUUACUUGCCAUUGAGUGACCUAGGGUUCUACACUCAGUACCCAAAGGUGUUUAUUCCUAAUUCCAACGUUAUCAAGAGAAGAUCAUCUCGGACGGUCAAAUCUAAGCUCUCUGUUGGUCCUCCAAUCUUUGCUGAAGGUAAUACGAUGAUCAAGUCAAAGAUGGUCAAUGCCAAAAACUACAACCAACAAGAAACUUUGGAUCUGUUCCCGCUUCACCCGACUGGAAUUUUGCAACAGAAAGAAUCAAUGGUGAGCAGUGUUAAUCCUCAUGCUUUGACUACUUGUACUUCGAGCUCAUCUGAUUGUUCGCAAGAUCAACUUUUGUAUGACUUCUUUUCCAGUUAA